UUCAACCUCCAUUCGAAAUGGAAAAUGGGAAAAAUUUGCAAAUGAUUCCUUUUGACGAAAAUGACCCUGAAGUGAUAGCUCGACGUAUAAAGAAUAGAGAAAGGCAACGCAGGUAUAGGGCUAGAAAGCGUCAAGAAGCCGAUUUGAAGCGAGCGUGCAUGAUCAAUCAGUCGAUUCAGCUGCAAGUAGACGAAACCCAAGUUAAAGAUACUCCUCUCGAUGUUGUAACCCGUGUUUACAGUCAAAGAAACUGGAAAAAAGAUGCCCGAAGGGCACACAUAUUAAAACAACAACAAAACAACGCUUGCAGUUCUACGUCUGCAAUUGUGGAUCUCCAAGCUUCUGGGAACCAAUCGAAUGUGAUUGUGGAAACUAGAGAACACUCUAGUACACCGAGUGGCAGGAAUUGGAAGGCCGAAGCAAGAAACAAGAGAAACUAAGAUUUUGUUGCGUGGCAAUGGCACGCCAGUCGAAUUAGGAAAGAAAACCGCUAAAAGAUUUCAAGAAUCGAGGCGGGUUUGUUUCGACUCUCGCAAAUGUCCGAUAAAGUUGACUUUUUGGUUGACGUUUUGAUGGUUUGGUGUAAUUUUCCCGUGAUUGCAUAUUUCAAAAAGGCGGCAAAGAAUGUUUUCGUGAAGUUCUUUUUUCGGGUUUUCUGUAAAGCGUUACCUGAAAACAGUCAUAGUCUAUGGAAGUUACAAGAUUCAGGUGAGU